GGAUGUAAAGGAAUAUUUUAUAGGAUAAAGAAAAUUAUUUUAAUUUUUUUGGAACAACUGAUCUUCUCCAGGUGCAAGUAAGAAAUGGAAUUUUAUAAUUGAAUUGAAUACUAAAUUGCAACGUUUGACGUGUUGAGAAAUCGAGAAUGGGUGAAAAAGUGAAAUUGCGGAGAAUAAAAGACGAAGCUUCCAAGUUCCAAGGUCCAAAAUGAAGGAUUGGAAUGGGUCAUGUGAUUUCGUGUGGGCAGCAUUUUUAAUAAUUUAAUUUGUGAUGCUUGCGUUGCGUGUCUCUACUAAAAACGUUUUAAAUCAAGGAAUAGAGAUAUUGUAUUUUAGAAACAGGAGUCAAUAAUAAAUACUCCUACAUCUACAUGUGGGUUUGUUUGGAUAGGAUAGGUGGGAAUGAGAAGUAUAUAGAGAUAGUCUCGUCGUCGUCGUUAUUAUAUUUUUAUUUUUGCUAUCGAUUAUGGUAUUGCUGCACGCGGGCAGAGGAUCGGGAUCAAGAGGAGAAGAAGAAGAAGAAAUCGGAAGAAAGAGACUGGGCAAGUACGAGGUGGGAAGGACAUUGGGAGAAGGCAACUUCGGGAAAGUCAAAUACGCCAGAAACGUCGAAUCCGGUGAAUCCUUUGCCAUCAAGAUUUUGGAGAAGAACAGAAUCGUCGACCUCAACAUCACCGAUCAGAUAAAGAGGGAGAUUGGCACCUUAAAACUCCUCAAGCAUCCAAAUGUUGUCAGAUUACAUGAGGUCCUAGCAAGCAAGGCCAAGAUAUACAUGGUCCUCGAGUAUGUGAAUGGUGGUGAACUUUUCGACAGAAUUGCGUCAAGAGGAAAAUAUUCCGAAGCUCAAGGCAGGAAGCUCUUUCAACAGUUAAUUGAUGGUGUUACUUACUGUCAUAAUAAAGGCGUUUAUCAUAGAGAUCUCAAACUAGAAAAUGUGUUGAUUGAUGAAAGUGGACUCAUUAAGAUCACAGAUUUUGGCCUUAGUGCAUUGCCUCAACAUUUUAGGGAUGAUGGGUUGUUGCAUACAACUUGCGGAAGUCCAAACUAUGUUGCCCCUGAAAUUCUAUCAAACAAAGGAUAUGAUGGUGCAACUUCAGAUACAUGGUCUUGUGGUGUCAUCCUCUAUGUUAUACUCACAGGAUACCUUCCCUUUGAUGACCGGAAUCUCGCAGUACUCUAUCAGAAGAUUUUCAAGGGAGAUGCUCAGAUACCAAAAUGGCUUUCUCCGGGAGCCAAAAAUCUAAUAAAGAGGAUUCUUGAUCCCAACCCACAUACCAGGAUAAGCAUGCACGAUAUAAAGGAUCAUGGCUGGUUCAAACAAGACUACACUCCUUUAGGUCCUGAUGAAGAAGAUUGUGCUUGCACAGAAGAUGAACUAUCAUCUGUACAUGAUAUAACUACAGAAGCAGAAAGGGAUCCAGACUCGCCCUAUGUAAUCAAUGCCUUUCAGCUGAUUGGAAUGUCCUCGUGCCUUGACCUUUCUGGCUUCUUUGAGAAAGAGGUUGUUUCUGAGAGGAAUAUCAGGUUUACAUCAAAUCACUGUCCAAAAGAAUUACUGGAGAGAAUUGAACAUACAGUUGUAGAAAUGGGAUUUCAUGUGCAGAAGAAAAACGGAAAGUUGAAAGUCACGCUAGAGCUCAAAGAUCAGAAAGCACCAGCAAUUCUCUCAGUGGCUGCAGAAGUUUUCGAGAUAAGUCCAGCCUUUUAUGUGGUUGAGCUGCGGAAAACAUGUGGUGAUUCAACAGUUUACAGAGAGUUGUGUGCCAAACUAUCUAAUGAGUUGGGUGUAUCACAAAGCCAAGUGCAGCUCAACGAUUGUGGCCUACAAACUGCAGGAUAACAAGCUGCUUUAAUUAGCUAGGACUACAAGAUUGCUUGUAGAUCAUUCGAUCGUAAAUCUUAAUGAAGCUAUAGCGACUCUGUACAGGAUAAACAUGUUGUGUUCGUGUAUAAUAAACCCCAACCCCAUGAAGGAAAUGUGAUGCUUGAGACUUGAGACUAA